AUGCUGCCAAGAUCAAAUUUUCUCCAUUACUAUAGAUAUCAACUCCCAUCAACUAUUGUUCCUCGAAUUUUUAACAUAACAUCCAUUCACACUUAUAAAAAAUCACCACCACCAGCCAAUCUUCCCGAUUCCCCAUUGUUUUAUCCAGGUCGUACUUCAAUGCUCCGAAUGGAAGAAUUCUACCAUUCAGCAAUUGCAACCGACUUAAUGAUCCUAAGCUAUAAAGAUCCAGAGUCCGAACAGAAAUUCCUUGAAAAACGUCGAAAGGAGCACUUACCAAUCAAAAAAUCAGUUUUAACAAGAGAUACGAAUCCAUUUGCGAUAAAUAGACCACCACCAAAGCCAAGAGGAAAUAAGAAACGUUUACCAGUGCCACCAAAACAAAUAUCAAUAUCCGGACCGCCAAUGUACACGUUCUUGGACAAAUUAGUAGAAAUAGUAUUACCCCGAAUGAAAGAAUGGCAUGGAAUACCAAUUACAUCAGGGGAUCAAAAUGGAAAUAUAGCAAUGGGAUUUCCUGCAAGUGCUUUAUCGUUGUUUCCUGAUAUUGAAGGAAAUUAUGAUAUGUUUCCUUUGAUGACUGGGGCCGCCUAUUUCCUUCGUAAAUAUGGUCCUCGGUUAGCAAUCUUUUAUGCUAUACGAAAUCAUGCUAAAAUUGUCACUAAAGAAACUGCUGAAGCAAUGAUCUCUUCGGGUGCCAUCGUAUCUCGAAAUUUGGCUCAACGUCUUAUAAAAGAUUAUCUAGAAAGACAACCGAGCGAAUAUUUUCGUUGCUGUUGGACUAGUAAAUUAACCUUCGGUACUUACUUGGUAUUCCUUCAACGUGCUUACACAUUAUACGGAGAUAAUUUAUGGGCAAAAGACGCAAUGGAUGAUUGGGAACAAUUUCGCAUCUGUGUCUCAUUACAAUCUGGCUUGGACAUUGAUAGUGUAGAUAGUAAUAUGUUAAAUACCACUGCAACUCAUGAUACUAACAGGGAAUAUAUUCGUGAUUUGGUUGAGAAAUAUCAUGUGGUACCUUUACCUCUUCAGUAUUGUUUCGUUAAUAUUUCUGAUACUUUUGUUACUAUAGCUCGUAUUGGUGAUAGCCAACUUUUAGAUAUGGCGUUGAACGAUCUGACUCAUUUUGAUCAGUAUGAAUUCUCAAACAUCCUUCCUACUAUCAUCGAAAAAUUGAUUUAUAACAAACCAACUCCUACUCAUUUAAAGAAAGCUUUGAUGAAUAUUUUCAGUUUCAACUAUCCGGUUCUAGAACAACUAGCUUUGGAAUUGAUUAGAAAUUGUGGAUUAUAUAAAAUUCCUAAUGUUAUAAUUGAAACUUUAAUUGAAAAAAAAGAUGAUCUACCUUUCGAUCUCAAUGCCGUUGUUGUGCACUCCAUUAAUGAUAAAUUUCAUUCUAUAUGCUCAUAUAAUGGGGCUCCUGAUAAUAUUGAAUCUCUUUGGCAUUAUUUCCCUGAAUUUCGAUCAAAAGUGAGAGAAAAUCUUAACACUUUAUUUGCGGAUUCAAGAAUGGGCGGUGUUAUAUGUAGCAAAAAUGACGCUAGUUAUUAUGGUUAUGGUGUAGGUUGUGUUUGUGUAGAAUUCAUUCUCUCAACUUUCGGUCCCAAAGAUAUAAUUACCGAAAAAUGUUUCAAUGCUAUCAUAAGGGAUGUUUGCGAAAAGAAUUUAAAAAUGCAGGCUAAUCGUAAUACAUUACUUAACAAGCUCAAACGUAACGAUAGUGUUGGAUUUACGCAAUUCCAUGGUUCUCCACAAUAUUUUGCACAAUACGUAGAGGCUGGUGUGAGGGUCAAACCUGAACAUCUAAAAAUGGUAUCUGAAAAGGGUAUGAAUCGUAAAUGGUUUCUCAAAGGACUUUUUGAAGCUAUGGAAAAUUCUUUAAAGAGUGAUCAAGUAAGGACACUGCCGAUAGAUUCUACAUCAAAGGGUGACAAUAAUGUUUCGAUUGACAAGGCCACAUUAUGGAAAAAUGUUGUUAAAGAAGUCUUAAGCCACGAACGUGAAAAAUAUUACGGUUCGAGCAGAAGAUGGUUAAGAAAAGGUCGCUUCUAUCGUAUGCUGGAUGAAUUUUAUGGUAAAAAUUUUGAACAUUCUUAA